AUGACCGUGACGACAAACUUGCUGGCCGUGCGGGCCAAGAUCGCAGACGCACUUGCUAAAAGCACGUGGAAGCAGCAAUGUACGCUCGUGGCCGUGAGCAAAACGAAGCCACUGGAGGAGCUGCAGGAAGCGUACGAAGCCGACCAGCGCCACUUUGGCGAAAACUAUAUUCAGGAACUGGUGCAAAAAGCGCCGCAGCUGCCUUCUGAUGUCAAGUGGCACUAUAUUGGCCACGUUCAGUCGAACAAGGCCAAAGCACUCGUGCGUGAUGUACCGAACCUGUAUAUGGUCGAGACGGUUGACUCGGUCAAGAUUGCAAAUGCGCUGAACAAAGCGUCACGGGAGUGUCGCACGGCAAAGCUCAAUGUGAUGGUGCAAGUCAAUACGAGCGGAGAGGAGCAAAAGUCCGGCGUGGACGCUGAGGGCUCGGUCGAGCUGGCCCGCCAUAUCGCGAGCUCCUGUGAGCACCUGACCCUGACGGGGCUGAUGACCAUUGGCCGCUACGGCGACACGACGUCCGAGUGCUUUGACCGCUUGGUGGCCUGUCGGAAGAACGUGGCAGAGGCGAUCGGGAAGGCUGAGACGGACUUGGCUGUCAGCAUGGGCAUGUCUGGGGAUUUCGAGCUCGCAAUUUCGUGCGGCAGCACGCACGUUCGCGUCGGUUCGACCAUCUUUGGGGCCCGUGACUACGCUAAGAAAGACUAG